CUUUAGUUUGUUAAAAAAACAUAAUUUUGGUUUUUUUUCUGUAUAAUUAAUUUUAAAAUAUAACAACGUCAUUUUUUUCAAUAAAGUUGUUAUUAAAACACAAACUUCAACUGUUUAGAAGUUUCUGGACUAUUUUGCUAACAUAUUAAAAACGCGCUUUAAAAAAAUAGUUUGUUAUUAAGACCAAUUGUUGAAACUACUUAUUGGAUUUGAGGCAAAAGUCUUACCAGAUUAAUUGUUACCACCUAAGGAUUAUUAUUCGUGUUUAACAAGCAGUUUUAUUUGAAUUUAACGAAUCUCAGUGAGAAGUGGAAGGAAAAAAAUUAAGCCGGCAACAUGAGUUUUCAUAAAAGUGAUUCACGUACGCCUUUGGCACCCACAGAAUAUACCAAAAUACCGACAGUUACGACGGGCUAUGAUAACGAGAAGCAUAACGGCUCAAGGAAUAAUAACGCGUCUGUAAAUCAAACAAAAUUCAUACGUUCGGAUAUGGCGGAUGUGCCGGCUCAACAAGCCGCAGGCUCAACCCUGCCUUUAGUGAUAUCAAGGAAAAAGGGUGGCAGUGCAGAUGAUUCCGAAGAUGUUAAUUAUAAUCCAUUCGAGCACCGGAAAGUCGAGCAUCCAACAUCCGAUACGGAAACCCUUAUCCAUCUGCUCAAGGGUUCAUUGGGUUCCGGUAUUCUGGCUAUGCCUAUGGCAUUCCUCAAUUCCGGUCUAUGGUUUGGUUUAGUCGCCACCUUUCUUGUCGGUGCCAUUUGCACAUACUGCGUACACAUUCUGGUUAAAUGUGCACACAUUCUGUGCAGACGUCGUAAGAUACCCAUGAUGGGUUUUGCCGAUGUUGCCGAACAGGCUUUCUUAGAUGGUCCACCCAAUUUGCAGCGCUGGUCGCGUUUCAUACGUUUUAUGGUGAAUACAUUUUUGGUUAUCGAUUUAAUCGGUUGCUGUUGUAUUUAUCUGGUAUUCGUGGGAACAAAUGUCAAACAAGUGGUGGACUAUUAUACGGAGGAGGGCAGUGAAAUGAAUAUACGCAUAUGGAUUAUCAUUGUAACCUGCCCUUUGUUGUUUAUGUGUUUGGUGAGAAAUCUUAAGUAUUUGACACCCUUCUCGAUGGUGGCCAACUUGUUGAUGUUUGUGGGUAUUAUUAUUACGUUUACGUAUAUCUUCAAUGAUUUACCCUCACCUAGUGAACGUGUGGGCGUGGCUGACUUCACCCAAUGGCCAUUGUUCUUCGGUACGGUUAUCUUUGCCUUGGAAGGUAUUGGUGUAGUUAUGUCUUUGGAAAAUGACAUGAAAAAUCCCAACCAUUUUAUUGGCUGCCCCUCGGUAUUGAAUAUUGGUAUGGGUACCGUGAUUACUUUGUACACUUUGGUGGGUUUCUUUGGCUAUUUGAAGUAUGGUGAAAGUACCGAGGGUAGUAUUACUUUGAAUUUACCCGUGGAAGAUAAAUUGGCUCAAUCGGUUAAAUUGAUGAUUGCUAUUGCCAUUUUCUUUACUUUCACUUUACAAUUCUAUGUACCCACAAGUAUUAUCUGGAAGGGUAUUCAACAUAAAAUCGCUCCAGAAAAACAAAACAUCUCCGAAUAUGCUUUAAGAAUUGUUUUAGUGAUAAUUUGCGGUGCCAUUGCUGUUGCUUUACCCAAUUUGGGUCCCUUUAUUUCCCUAAUCGGUGCCGUCUGCUUAAGUACUUUAGGCAUGAUUGUACCAUCCAUCAUUGAAUUGGCUGUGUAUAAUGAAGAUCCCGGUUUUGGACGUUUCAAAUGGCGUUUAUGGAAAAAUAUACUAAUUUGCUUUGGCAUUUUGGGCUUUGUAACGGGUACCUAUGUCAGUAUAUUAGAAUUCCGUGCUGAAUUCAGUAGUAAACAUUAAUAAGUUCUUUUUUUAUUUAAGUAUUCUGUGUUAAUUUUGUUUUAACAAUAUUAUAAUAAUGAAAAAAAAUUAACAUUUUUAAUAUUAUUUAUAUUAAUUUUGUUUGUUUAAUUAUAAACAAAAGAAUGAAAAAAAGAUAAAUAAAUAACAUUUGAAUAUAUAUAUAUAAAUAUUUACUAACAUUUAAAUAUAGAAGCUGUAUAAUAAUGCAGAGACAGGGAUUUUUUUUAACAAAACAAAAGUAACUCAAAUUUGUAUAAAAAUAUUUAUUUAAACUAAAAAAUCUAACCUAAAAUAUGCUAAAAGCCUCAAAGAUCCUUUAACAAUAGUUUUAUGAAACUGAAAAAAAAAAUACAUAUUACAGUUGUAUUUAGAAAAAAUUUCAAAAAUUUUGAAUUAAAGAAACCAAAAAUUUCAUUAUUUGCCAGUAUUUAUUUCAUUGUACAAACAAUUGUUGUUUGAGCUAACAAUUUAAAGCAUCAGCUGGUUUAAAUUGUUUGCUUUUACCUGAUUACUCUGUAGACUGAACUAAAUAUUUGCUUAAUGAUUUAGAGAUCUUUUAUUUUAUUGGAUUUUUUUUUUUUGUAUAUGACUGUAAAUUGGCUUUAUUUAAGUUUAGUUUAAGUUUUAAUAGAAAUCUUUUAAAAACAAAUCAUGUAAAUUAUUUAAACAAUAACAAAUAACAUGGCAGCAUAAAAUUAAUAUAUUACUAAACAAAGUUUAGAUGGAAAAAUAAGUAUUUACUAAAACCUUUACUAACACAGAGGGAAAAAACGGUAGAAAAGUAUCGAAAUUGAUAUAAUCCGUUGUCAAAAGUGAGCUUACCACGUUUGUUAACAGUUAGACAACGUAUGUGUUUAAAAUUUAAAUAACACUCAGUUAUCAUAUUGACAACCAGCGUUGCAACUUUGAUAACUUAUGGUUGUCAUUGCAAUAACACAACGUUCAGUUUGACAACAUAGCGUUGUUAAUUUGGCAACAUAUUAUUAUUUUUUGGUUGAUUUGAUAACGUCGUGUAUAUUCUUGUUGCUUGUUUGACAACUAUACGUAGACAAUUUGACAACGGAUGUUAUUUGAUGUCAAUUUGAUACCAGGCGUGUAUAAUUUUGAAACGUUUUUUCCUCCUCUGUGAAGAUUUAAAAUGCUUUGAGUGUGAUCCAUUUUGUUAAUGAUAAAUUUAUUUUGAAACUAACCGCAAAGCCCCAUUAUUGAACAGCUGAGUCCUUCAUUAAGCUGACAUGUCUAUUGAUCCGCUUAAAUGACUUUAAUAAAAAAGCAUUAAAAAGCUUUCUUUACAAGAACUAGGAACUAUUUUGGGGGAACACAUAGACUUUAAAUAGAUACUAGGAAAGCAUUGAUAUUUGAAAUUGAAAUGUAAGGUCGAAACUUCUGGCAUUAUUCCGACUUUUUAUCAAUGAUAAUUUAUCCCACACUGUUUGAAUUAUCAAUGCCCCCGCCAAGUUUGCAAAAAUUAUACGGGGGAAAGAAACUGAAGACUAUUUCUGCCAGAGAUCGGUUUUAACUCGGACUCGGAUAAAUCAUUGUUAUAAUUAAACGAACGGGUCAACAAACCUUUUGUGUUUAGUACGACUUUUUAUUAAUGAAUUCUGAAUUACCAAGGUCUUAUGCAAGUUUGUAAUGAUUAUUCGGGAAAACCGAUACUGAUAUGAAAGAUCAAAACUUUUGACAUUAUUCCAACAUUUUAUCAAUGAUAAUUUACCUUACAUGUUUUGAAUUUUCAAAACCCUCUGCAAGUUUGCUAUGAUUAUAAGGGCGAAAGUAACGGACGACAAUUUCUGCCAGAGAUCGGUAUUAACUCGGACUUUGACAUAUCAUUGUUGUAAUUAAACGAGCGGAUCAGCAAACAUUGUGUGUUUAAUCCGCCAUUUUAUUAUCGAAUUCUGAUUUAUCUAGAUCUCAUGCAAGUUUGUAAUCAUUAUUAGGGUCCAAUGCAAUAAACGUAUUUAUAUUUGAUACAGUGGAAUUACUACCAGGAAAUCUUUGAUAUGAAUGAAUGUGAAAGGUCAAACCAGCUGUCAAACCGAUUUUUUAUUAAUAAAACUUCCCGCACACUCACUUAUCGGAACCCUCUGCAAGUUUGCAAUAAUUAUGCGAUUCAAAGAAAACUCAACUAGAGUCACCAAAUUUGGUCCGACUUUUUAUAAUAAAAUCAGAAUCCCUUGCAAGUUUGUUAUGAUUGUUGGGAUAAACUUCUUCAGAAUGCGUUUGUACUUCUGAUCAAACUAAGAACUUUAAACUUGAAGUGUGAAGUUAAAGUGAA